UGGAUGAGGCAGGACGACAUGUACCGUCGUCGGGUGAGGGGAGGGCCCACGGACUUGAUGACAGGCCCUGCCCACUUACAGGCUCAUAUCUGCGGAGCUGCCUGUCUGCUCAGCCGCUGUUGCCUGCAGACAGACAGCUGGAGUUCCUGACACUGAAGGUAUCCGAGCAGCAGCGAGCCAGAGCCGGUGGGUGGAGGCAGAGAGACCGCAGCUGCUGUCCCUCGCGGAGGAAGAAAGGAGUCGCCAGCACUAACACACACCCACGGAGCUGUCUGAAAGCCAGGACCUCGACAGGUUGGGAGAGCAGGCAGCAGACCCGACCAGACAUCUGCGACGGUGCAGCAAGAUGGCGUCCAUACCCGAGUACUACGCCGGCAAGAGCGUGCUGAUCACCGGAGCCACGGGCUUCAUGGGGAAAGUUCUGGUGGAGAAGCUGCUGAGGUCCUGCCCUGAAGUUAAAGCCCUCUACAUCCUGGUCAGACCCAAAGCUGGACAGUCGAUGAAGCAGAGGGUCAGCGACAUGAUGAAAUGCAAGCUUUUCGACCGAGUGAGAGAGGACAAUCCCGAUUUCCACCAGAAAAUCAUCCCAAUCAGCAGCGAGCUGACGCAGCCCGGCCUCUCCAUCAGCUCGGAGGAUGUGGCGAAGCUCACCGCCUGCAUCAACAUAGUCUUCCACUGCGCCGCCACCAUCCGCUUCGACGAGCCUCUCAAACACGCCCUGCAGCUCAACGUGAUCGCCACACAGCAGCUCCUCAGCCUGGCCCAGCAGAUGCACCACCUUGAGGCCUUCAUCCACAUCUCCACCGCCUAUGCAAACUGCAACCGCAAGCACAUCGAUGAGGUCAUCUACCUGCCACCAGUCGAGCCCAAGAAGCUCAUCGAGUCUUUGGAGUGGAUGGACGACGGGAUCGUGCGGGACAUCACGCCGCGGCUCAUCGGCGACAGGCCCAACACAUACACCUACACCAAAGCCCUGGCCGAGUAUGUGGUGCAGCAGGAGCAGGACAAGCUCAGCAUCGGCAUCAUCAGACCCUCCAUCGUUGGAGCCAGUUGGCAGGAGCCGUUCCCAGGUUGGAUUGACAACUUCAACGGGCCGAGCGGCGUUUUUAUAGCUGCGGGGAAGGGGAUCCUGCGCACCAUGAGGGCCAGUAACGACGCGGUGGCUGAUCUCAUCCCCGUGGACGUGGUCAUCAACCUGACUCUGGCAGCUGGCUGGUACACGGCGGUGCACAGACCUAAAACGGCUCUGGUGUACAACUGCACGACCGGCGGGAUCAACCCAUUCCACUGGGGAGAGAUCGAGCACCACGUGAUCUCCUCCUUCAAGAGAAACCCUUUGGAGCAAGCCUUCCGCCGGCCAAAUGCCAACAUCACCUCCAACUACCUGAUCAACCAGUACUGGAUCCUGGUCAGCCACAAGUUCCCGGCCUUCAUCUACGACCUCUUCCUCCGUCUGUCUGGACAGAAGCCGCAGAUGAUGCGCAUCUUCAACCGCCUGCACAAGGCCAUCAGCCUGCUGGAGUACUUCAGCAGCCAGGACUGGGAGUGGAACUCCGACAACAUGAACAUGCUGAUGGGCCAGCUGACCCCUAAGGACAGGAAGAUGUUUAACUUUGAUGUGCGUCAGCUGAACUGGCCCGAGUACAUCGAGAACUACUGCAUCGGCACCAAGAAGUACGUUCUGAAUGAAGACAUGUCUGACAUUCCUGCUGCCAGGCAGCACCUGAGGAAGCUCAGGAACAUCCGCUACACCUUCAACACACUGUUAGUCGUUUUCAUCUGGCGGGUGUUCAUCGCCCGCUCCCAGAUGGCCAGAAACAUCUGGUACUUUGUGGUUAGCCUCUGUUUCAAGUUCCUCUCCUACUUCCGUGCAUCCAGCACCUUAACCAACUGAGUCUUCCUCACCGCCCAGAGCCAGCGACGGCAGGCCUAGCCUUUAGCCGUCAGCAGGGAAAAUGUCUGAGUUCUCAGUGUGGACAAAUGGGGCUCUCUACGGGAGGGGGCUGCAGCUGAGUGAGGCACUCAGAAGGAGAACAACGAGGUCUACUAGCCAUGAAAUUGUUUUGUUUGGAAAUGUGUCAUCGGUACCUAAACUCCUCAGUGAGAGAACCCAUCCAGCGAAGUGUUGUCCUUCAUUUUGUACCUAAUGUUUUCUUCGAAGUGGCCAAAUAUAUAUGCAACAAAACGCCUUUCGUGCAACUUCUAGAUUCUUCUCCAUCCUCUUGAAUCUCGAUACGUUACAUUGCCUUGUAAUGCUUUUUCCUCCCCUUACUUGAAUUUCAUCAUCAUGUCACAGAACAAUUUCUUUUUUACAGACAGAAACUGUAUUCUUUCUCUGAUUGAAUGAUUGAUUUAGAUAUCUCCAUUUUAUCUAGACUUGUACUUCUACUGCCUUUCGAAGAUGACACUGAUGGCCCACUUCUCCUCCUUCUCAAAGCCAAAACACGUUAUUCAGACGAGUUUUAAAGCUAAACUCCAACCACACCACAUGGGAUAUCUGCCAGCUAUGCUGCAGAGUUUGUCACUAAUGUGUUGUCAUGGUAACAAUGUCAGUAUGUCUAUGUGGUUGUCUACUUUGGGCCUGUUUGUACAGCAGUUUGUACGGAGCUACGUUUGCUACUUUUACAUCUUUAUACUUGCAUCAAAGGCUAGUCUUAGAGUUGGCCCUUGGCAGUGUGGUGUCUAUAAAUAAAAGUACAUCAGAGUGAUGUUUAUUUAUAACUUACUAUACAAUGAUCCUCAUUAAGGUUCUUAACAAGCUAAGAGAAUUACCCUCAGAAAAAUAAACGGGAACUAUUUGAGUGAACGUUGCUGCUGUUUGAAAUGCCAAAUGAAGAAUUGUAACCCAAAUUCAAUAGUUUUAUACAAAGUAUAAGAAGUUUAAAGUCAAAGGCACGGCUUAGACCGAGCAGUUGGGGGAAGGAGGAGGCUUGAGUCACCUUAAAGAUUUCUGUCCAAUACGAUAUAAAAGCAGCUGGUUACCCAGAGCAGUGGUUCCCAAUCUGGGGUCCAUGACCCCCCAAAGGGUUCCCGCUAGAUUGCAGAAGGUCACAAUCUAGUCUCUGCUGAGGUUGUGAGAGUUAUAACUCUGUAUAACAGGGUCCCUGUGGGAAAAAAGGGUUGGGAACCACUGCUCUAGAUAAUCCACACAAGCAGGGAAGGAAUAAGCGAUGCUUAAAGAGGCCAAAACGUGAAGAUCAGUGACUGACUGGAGAUGAGCAGCACUUACUUUUCCCCUUUGCCAGGAAAAAAAAUCUUCUACAGAUGUGGACUGCAUGUUAAUUCUCUUCAAUCAGAUUUAAAUGUUAAAAGAUUGACCCACCUGCAGAUGAACUGUAAAUGAGCUAACUACAUCAAGAGAAAUCUAAGGGACCGAGUACAGAGCCAUGAGGGAUGCCGCACGAUACUGAACAGAAAACUAGAGAGCUAUUUAUAAAUAAUAAAACCACAGUGAGAGUUGGUGAACUAGACCCACGUUUUAGACCAGCCUGGCAUCCUUCACCCCAGUUCUUUCACAUGGUUUCCAUAACAAACAAACUUUUUAGUUUGACUGCUUUUGAUUUGCUUUUCGCUUGUUUUCACAGAGCUUCCCUCUUGUCUACUAAGUGUUCAGUGUGACGGGCAAGUCUUGUGUUGACUAAACAAAUUAGGUGAAACUGCAGUAUUCGUGUCCACUGACGUUUGACUAAAUAAUCACAAGGCUUCAUGGGAGAAAAAGGGACAGAAGUGUUUUAUGCAAAACUGGUGUCUGGUCUAACCGUCUGUCCAAAGCCUGCAAUGAAGCGAUUUUGUGGAGUUGUCCUCGAGGAGCUACAGGGCUAUAUUACUGCCGUGUCCGUUUGGUAACACAACACCGCUGACUAAACGCAGAGAUGGGACCAAGGAUCUUAUUCUGACUGGUUGUCAUUUAGCAAAUGUUUUGACCACCUGUGUUUCCCAUUCAGAUAACACUGAAACUCUGCUUGGCAAAACUGAAAUAAAGGACUUUUUUUUAUUAA